CUUCCGCUGGCUUGUGUGUUCUCGGCUGGCGACGCCCGGCGCUGCCCGCCCUGCCGGCGCUCCUCCGGCGCCCGCCCCCGACUCCGACCCCAGCUGCCGCUCGGCCGUCGCCGGACCAUGGACUCCGCGGGCCAAGACAUCAAUUUGAAUUCUCCUAACAAAGGUAUGCUGUCUGACUUCCUGACUGACGUCCCUGUUGACCCAGGUGUGGCUGCUCGGACCCCUGCUGUGGAGGGUCUGUCAGAAGCGGAGGAGGAGGAGCUCCGGGCUGAGCUUGUCAAGGUAGAAGAAGAAAUUGUCACUCUGCGCCAAGUCCUGGCAGCCAAGGAAAGGCACUGUGGAGAGCUGAAAAGAAGGCUGGGCCUCUCCACCUUAGAUGGGCUGAAGCAGAACCUGUCUAAGAGCUGGCAUGACAUGCAGGUCUCUAAUGCCUAUGUGAAAACUUCUGAGAAACUUGGAGAAUGGAAUGAGAAAGUGACCCAGUCUGACCUCUACAAGAAGACCCAGGAAACGCUGUCACAGGCUGGACAGAAGACAUCUGCUGCCUUGUCUACCGUAAGCUCCGCGAUCAGCAGAAAGCUCGGCGACAUGAGGAACUCUGCAACCUUCAAGUCAUUUGAAGACCGAGUGGGGACCAUAAAGUCUAAGGUUGUAGGUGGCAAAGAGAAUGGCGGCGACAACCUCCCUUCCCCGACAGGGAGUGGUGACCAGCCCCUGCCGGAUCACUCACCUUUCUAAGCCUGUAAGAGCUCACCAGCCACAGAACACAUGCAAGCAUACCUCCUCAUCACAUCUGCCACUCUGCCCAACGGAACCACCAGCCAGGGCCCGUGAACAGCUGGUUUUGAGGACAAUCAUGCUUGUCUACGUGCAGAUGUGGCUGCUGCCUUCGCAUGAGUUAGAGAACACAGUCUUGUACAUAGAUGUUUUACACUAAAGUUCAUAGAUGAAGCAGAUCACUGUGCCAUCCUUUCUAGAGCAACAGGAAGUGGGCAGGGUGGAGGGGUACUGAGCCAAAGCCCUUGCUUCCUUUGGAGAUUAGCUCACCGAACAUUGAAGGAGGAAGUGCUGUGAGUAUGAGUGACAUUUUCUGACCUUUCCCCCUUCUUAACUUGAAUAUAUUCACAGGAGAUUUACUGCCUGGUCAAAGGUUUUAUUUUGAGAUGCUAGAUUAGAAGACUGUUCAUUUUCUGAGACUCUAGAAAGGAAACAUUGUCAGCUGCUGCCUGAUUGUUACACUAAUGACCUGGCUUUGACAGAAACAGAUUCACUAUUUUUUAAAUGCAACAGACUUUUCAAAAAUUAAAACUAGGCAAAACAGCUUUAGCCUCAUUGUUAGGGAAUAUUAUUUCUUUGGACUUAAACUGAAAUUCAAGCCUUACAUCGCCUUAUGCUUUGUUUAUAAUCUUUUUAUAUAUAAAAAAUAAGAGUUCUUUAGUGGGUUCUGAGCACUCUGUAGACUUUUACAUGAGGAUCUUGUUGCACCCUGCCUGUUUGUUACCAACCUAUGUGUUUUAUUUCACUAAUACCUUUUCUCCUAGUAUGCAAAAACUGCUUCUCUCAAAACUGGCCCUGACUCCCCACACUGGCCAAAAACCUCAUGUGCCUAUGGGGCCUGCAGGCUAGUAAGAGAAGGGAGGCUUUGUCCUUAGCAUCCUGUGAAUGAUACAUGUCCAGCAUAGUGCUUCCUUCCUUGGGCCUGGCCUGGCUGGUCCAGCUGUAGCUGGUGCCUCUAGCCUGCCUGUUUACUGAAUACAGGAUGAGCGAGAAGCAGAACUAGCCCCACAGGUCAGGUCAGGGGUGAGGUUAUGGGUCAGUCCAAACCCUGUUGUAAUCUUUUCUCAGAAACUACAGAAAUUUCUUCCCCAUUUUUAAUUGCCACACCUUGACAAAGUUUCUCACACCAGGACCCUUUGAGUUAAGAGGUGUGGUUUGGAGCAAAGGCCUGAAUGGCUCUUAGCAGGGCACUGGGACAGUGCUGUGUGCGUGUCUGUGUACUCUUCCUGGGGAAAAAUGGCUGUUUAGCUCACAGUGUCCUUAAUGGGACACUGCAAUGGGACUGUACGAUGUUUUCUGGCAACCAAGUGCUCUGGCUACUUUGGACACCCUUGGGGGACUGCACUACACCAUGAUUAGAACACUUGGGGCUGGAGAAGAGUACUAUUUGGUGUCCACUUUCCAGAGCUAAACACUUACUAGUGUGAGCAGGCAGUGCAAGUGCAGGUCACUGAUGUGUCUUCCUACAGUGAAUAAUGGGAAAUUUGUCAAUAAAGCAUUCCUUUGGGGGAAAAUCCA